AUGGAAGAUUUAAGGAAUGAAGGAGAAAGGGAAGAAGAUGAAGUAGCUAAGGAGAAUGAAUACGUUGAGUGCGAGACAUCUGAAUUGAUACAGAAAGAGGUGGUUAAUGAUGAAGAAGCUUACAAGUUAUACAAUGACCAUGCAUUUAAAUGCGGAUUUGGUAUCCGUAGGGGAAAAGUGUGUUGGAGAUAUGAUACGAAGACCAUCAGGCAACGUUUUUUGGUUUGUAGUCGUGCAGGAUUGAAAGACAUAAAAACUGGUGUGCCUAAGGCAUAUACUAAGCUUGAUCAACGGUGUGAUGUAAAGCGUACAUUCAAUUUGAUUUGUGGUGUUGGGGUUGCUGAAGCUGUGCGUGUAUUGAGGAAGGAAGCUGGGGGAUCUGCCAAUCUUGGGUUUGGGCACAGGGAUGCUUAUGAUGCAGUUGCUGCUCAAAGAAAGAAAGAACUUGAUGGUUGUGACAGUAACCAGUUAAUUAAGAACUUUUCACAAAGGCAAGCAGUGGAAUGUGAUUUUUACUAUGACGUUCGACUAGAUGCUAUUGGCCACUUAAUAAGUUUUUUUUGGAGAGAUGGAAGAAUGAAAAGGGAUUAUGAAGUGUUUGGAGAUUUGGUUGUUCAUGAUACGACGUACCGAACGAAUAAGUAUGGGAUGAUUUGCGGUCCGUUUGUUGGGAUGAACCAUCACCAAAGGAAUGUGAUGUUUGGAGUUGGUUUCCUACUAAAUGAAGACACCGAUUCGUUUGUGUGGUUGUUUGAGUCUUUUUGA